CAGUGCCUAUUGGGUGGGAGGUGGGAACUACCUCUCCAGGUACCCCAAGGUCCUGCAAGGCAUUCUGAUGGGGAGGGAUGUCCAGGGCCUGGGGACAGCCUGGGAAUGUCCCUGUGGUGCUCUCCUGGCUCAGGUGCCUGCACGGGCAGAAGCUGGUGACCAUGUCUGUCCAACACCGGAGAGGGGUGUCUACUCUCCAGCUUACCAUCCCAGCUCCCGUCCUGGAGGAUGAGAUGGAGGAGGAAGAGGUCUACGUGCACUGCCUGCUGACAGCGUGGGGCCCCGUGGGCACCCGGGGACAUGGCACCAGGUCCUGCUUCUACAGCCAAGCCACAGACAGCUGGCACAAUGCAGAGGACCCUUCGCAGAGCGCCCUGUGCCACUGCUGUGACACCGGCUGUCCCCCCGGUGACACCCUCCCCGGAGAGCUGCCAGGGUUCCCAGGAGAGGGGACACCCCACUGGGAGACAGUUGGACCAUUGCUGGUGCAGAAGGAGAAGGUGCCAUGGUACGAAGAGCCGUGCCGCACAGUGAAGAGGUUCCUGUUGGCCGGGCUGGCCCUGGUGGGCAGCGCCCUGGUGGCAGCCACCCUGGUGGGGGGUCUGCUGGGGCUGGCCUUGGCUGCGUGGCGCCUGGGCGGGCGCCGGCGGAGACAGCGGCGGCUGAGGCGGCAGUGUCCCUUCCACGCCGAGCUGCGGAGCGUGGUGAAGGCUUUGGCCCCCAGGGAGAUGAAGAAAGGAGGUGAGUACCAUGUAGAUGCCACCACGGGCUGGGGACAUGCCACCACCCCUGGAAGCCACGUCUCCUGGUGGUACUACUAG